AUCUGUCGGCACGGCAAUGCAGCGCCACAUUCUUGAAGAACUACAUAAUAUUUAUUCGACUGUGGAGUGCAAUGAUGAAUGUAGUAGUCAAAUGAAAACAUGCGUUGCUGUGAUACUCACUUUCAUAGCUUCUUUGAAAAUAACGUUAAAUAAAUUUUAAAUAUGAUGUUUAGUACGUGACAAGAAACUUGUAACCUAAACUUUUUAUGGCCUAAUUAAAAAUUUCCUAAAUUUGAUGAUUGCGAUACUAAGCCUGAAAAGAAGUCCAUGUUAUGUAUUUUGCAUGAUUGACCUUCAAUAAUUCAUUACAUAUGUUAUUGUCAAGACACAGUCAUGUUCAGCGAAACCUGCGAGUAAAAAAAACAAAACUCAUACGUAGCAAGUGCAUAUUCCUAAAACAUUUAAAAAUAAUUCUAUUACCGGCUGAAGUUUUAGCUUCUAAGGCAUAGGGCUUAAUUAAAAGAAGUGAAACGAAUACCUCAACACUUAUGUUUCAUAUGAAAAGGUGAUUCUAAGCAAAUUAUUGUUUUCAUCUGAUAAUGGCAUCAGUAUGGACUAUUGUAAUCCUAAUGGCUUUUAUAAAGAAUAUACAUUUAUUCUCAGAUGCUUUUCCAUCGAAGACUGAUUACUCGGUUGCUGGUGAUUUUGAAAAUUUUCCAAAACAAGAAUUUGAAUUACAAAAUGUUUGCCCAAAUAACUGUGCCUGUCAUUAUUUGAAACAGCAUUUAGUUAUCAGCUGUGAUUUCAAAAAACUUUCUUAUUUCCCUCAAAAUUUACAUUCCUCUGUUUAUCAUCUCAAUUUAGCUGGAAAUGAAAUUUUCAAUUUAUCUUACACAACUAGCUUAAAUGGUUUAAAUAUUCUCAAUGUUUCACAGAAUAAUGUGCAUGAAAUAAACAGAAAUUGGCUAAAUUCACUUCAAAAUUUAAAAACUUUAGAUUUGUCUAGAAAUGCACUGCCUUCAGAUGCUAUUGAGAAAGCAUUUAGUAAUCAUAACCUUCUGUAUUUGAAUUUAGCUAGUAACAAACUACAUGUUAUAACUGAAGUUAUGUUUCAUGAGAUAAAUACAUUAUUAACACUUAACUUAAGUAGCAAUGAAAUAGUAAAUAUGAGUUAUAAUAGUUUUUGGAGUCAGAAAGAACUAAAUGUUUUGGAUUUAUCAUCAAACAAGCUAGUAAAUAUUCGACAUGAAUGGUUUAAAAAUUUGCACAAUUUGAAAACAUUGAUCAUGAGGCAAAAUAAACUCACAUUUCUUAGCAAUCUUGUAUUCUCGCCUUUGAGUAAACUACAUAUAUUGGAUUUAAGCAGAAACUGCAUUAAAUCUGUUGGCCUUCUAACAUUUAAAGGACUUAAAAAUCUUCAGUUUUUAAACAUAAGUAGCAAUAAUGUAAGUGAAUUACAAAACGGAGUUUUCCGAUCUUUGGAAUCUCUAAAAACUCUUGACAUUAGUGAAAAUUCAUUUAUGAGCAUUGACAAUAUUUUUUUACAUACUAUCCAUCUUCAAACAUUAUAUAUGAGAAAACUGAGCCACUUUAAAGAAUUAACUUCAUCCAGCUUUGCAGGAUUGAAAGAAAUGAAAUCUUUUGAUUUAUCUGGUUCGGAAGUUGUAUCUGUCAAUCUAAAGACAUUUUCUCAUACACCAAAUUUAAAACAUCUGGAUUUAAGUAGUAUGCAAUUGACAACCUUACAAAUGGGAAUUCUUAAUAAUCUGAAAAAAAUCGAAACCAUUGAAUUGAAAGGAAAUCCUUGGAAGUGUGACUGUUAUUUAUAUUGGUUGUUACUAUGGUUGGGAGAACAUAGUAAUGCACACCUUUUAUCUCCUUCUGAAACAUUCUGUCAUUCUCCUGCUAAUUUAAUUGGACAUGUUUUACUUGAUGCACUGGACCAUAACAUGAUAUGCACUAAUGCUUCUAUUCUUCACUACACUAAUAGAACUAAAUUCAAAGUAGGGUCACCAGCAUAUUUAGAAUGUCAAGUCGAUGGUAACCCACCACCAAAUUUGACAUGGAUAACACCUCAGAAAAUGAUGCUUCACUGGAUAAGCUAUAAGAAUAUCUCUGAUCAGAUCCCAGCAAGCAUUUCAUUCCACUCUACUAAUUAUCAGUUGCUUCAAGGCCCCAUUAAUGAGAAAACACGACAAGGUCGAUUUUUCAUAAUGCCAAAUGGGAGUUUAGGCAUUCAAAAUGUUGAAAGAGGAGAUGGUGGGUUUUACGUAUGUGUAGCAUCCAAUCCUUUAAAUUAUGAUUCAAUAUCAAUUCGAUUAACCUUAGAUUAUGAUUAUUUUGAACAUAUCAAAAUUGUUAGUGUGCUUGUUGGCAUGGCUACUAGUUUUGGAUUUUUAUUAUUAACUUUAAUUUCUAUUCUAAUUAAGAUGAUACUGAAACAUUUUGGUAUCAAAUGUCCUUGUCGAAGUGGAAGUGCAUCGCCCCGAACACAGCAAAUUAAAAAAAUCCUUGAAAAUAUGGAACACUAUAAGAAACAGCAAUUGGAUCGCUUGAGAGACAAUUAUAAUGUUCAAGUUCAACGGAUAAAAGAUAACUGUAUGCAGCAAAUGGAGCGUUUGAGGGAAAGUUACUCAUCUCAAGCUGAACGUUUGCGAGAUAUUAAAGAGUAUGGUACUCUUCAAAUUGAUCGCAUUAGAGAAAAUUACUACUCUCAAGUUCAGAGAGUUCGUGAUUAUAGUGCUAGUCAGAUAAUUAGAUUACGUGAAAAUUACAUUUUUCAGAGAAAUCGAAUAAGAAAAUUUAGUGCACAUCACUUGUAUAAAUUGAGAGAGAAUUAUAAAUUGCAGCAGCAACAUUUAAAUAAAAUCCUUGAAAAUUUAAACAUAGAAAGUUGUCGAAAUGUUUGUCAAAGAACCGAUUCAGUGAUCUUUGAACCUGAAAUAACAUUAGAAAAUGUUUUAGUGCCAAAAAUAUGCCUUCAGACAUUUGUUAAAGAAACUUGUGAUUCAAAUGAUAAUUCUAGUCAAGUGUCAGCUUAUUUCACUCCUGAUGAUAUUGGCUCUGAAAUUUCCAGUCAUGAAAGUGAUGAACAUGAAAGCUUAGAUAUAACUGCUGUUCAAACUGUGUCAAAGACAGACACUAUUGUAAAACUGGAUAAUAAAGAAAUAGAUAACAUUCCGAGUACAAGUUCACAUUUAGAUACUGUUUGUAAUCAGAAGUCUUCAAAUGAAACAUUGGUUUAGUAAUAUUUUGACAAACUUUUAUGUGUUUGGGGAAGUAAUUGUGUAAAAAAUAAAGCUGGUAAUGGUAGAUUUUAAGUUACCGUAAGAGUAGAUGUGUUCCAAAUUAAGAUUCUGCAAUGUUGUAAAUUUUAUGGAGUAUUGGUUGCAUAAGUUAAUUGUACAAAAUUGUAUAGUCUGUUUGUGUUUAUUUGUUUAUCUUAAAUAUUAAAAAAUUGAGUUCUAGAUUAAAAGUAUGAGUGAGUUUUUACGAUGUAAACAGACUGAAAUUUUGAAGAGAAAUACAGUAGCUAUAUGAUUGUACACAUUUACUUAAUAUUUAUUGAUAAGUUCAUAUUGGUUACUGUGGGUCAGGUAUGAUUGAUUCUAAUGAAGACACAUACUAUGCUAGAAGUCCGACUAUGUGCAAGUCUUAAACAUGAUGGCCUUAAAAUUAAACUUUCAAUUAAAUGGCCACAAGUAGGAAACUUAUGUAUGUUCUCCAAAAACGAAUGCAAUCCAUUAUGCAGAGAAUCUCAUAUAA